GUCAGCUCUGACAGGCUUUGAUUCAAAGGUUCCCAGGGGACUCCAAAGCACUGUUUGUUCCCUGCUGCCUGAGAGGGGGGAAUACUGGGGGGGAGCCUGCAGGUGUCAGCCUCCUCCUCCCUCCUCCCCACCUCUUUCUUCACCUCCUUAGAUCCGGCGCCGGAGACCAACCCCCGCCAUGCUGUUCCGGCUCUCUGAGCACUCCUCACCAGAGGAGGAGGCCUCCCCACACCAGAGGGCCUCAGGAGAGGGCCACCACCUCAAAUCGAAGAGACCCAACCCCUGUGCCUACACACCACCAUCGCUGAAAGCUGUGCAGCGCAUUGCCGAGUCUCACCUGCAAUCCAUCAGCAACCUGGGCGAGAACCAGGCCUCGGAGGAGGAGGAUGAGCUUGGGGAGCUGCGGGAGCUGGGCUACCCAAGAGAGGAAGAAGAGGAGGAGGACGAUGAAGAGGAAGAGGAGGAGGAGGACAGCCAGGCUGAAGUCCUGAAGGGCAGCAGGGGGCCUGUUGGGCAGAAGACAACUUGUGGCCAGGGUCUGGAGGGGCCCUGGGAGCGCCCGCCCCCUCUGGAUGAGCCCCAGAGAGAUGGAAGCUCUGAGGACCAAGCGAAAGACCCCGCACUAAGCGAGCCUGGGGAAGACCCACAGCGCCCUGCCCACCCUGAGCCUGGCACAUAGGCACUCAGCUCUGCAUCUCCCAGAAGGAAGUGGAGGGGGCAUCACUGUUCGGCAGAAACCCUCUAUCCCCACCCUGUUUUCUACCCUUCCCCUCACUCGCUAGGGCUGCGGCUUCUGACUUCUAGAAGACUCAAGCUGGUCUGUGUUUGCUUGUUUGCCCACUUUUGGCUGAUGCCCAGAGUCCUGGGCACUUGCUGCCUGAUGCCUACCCCUGCCAGUUAUUCCCCUAUUCACCCAGUGGGAUGCAGGAUGCGAGAGAAAUUGCUUGGAAAAUCCAGUAAUCGAGGGACAGAGGUCCAUCCUUCACCAUUCUACUUCCAGACCCUCUCCCUUGGGCACAGGAAAACCACAGGGCAGGACCCUAGGAUCUGAGGAAGUGGGUACAGAGAACCUGUAGGUGCCCUAGAUCCUUCUCCAUCCCCUCCUCCGAUGGGGGAUUCCCAGUCACCGCCCGUCUUACUGGCUUCUACCAGGGCUGAGGAUUCAGGCACCCUUCUCCGCAGUCUCUUCAUUUUGGAAAUUUCCCCCUGUCACCCCUGUUCCCUAGCCUGGGUGCCUGGAAGACGGACUGGCAGAGGCUGCUUUGUUGCGUUUUGUUUGUGCUUUGAUGCCAGGAAUGCCACCUAGUAUACAUCCUUGAGGGGGGGGGCGCAUGUUGGGGGGAGCCAGGUUCUUCUGUCCUCCUGCUGCUCUGCCCCCUUCCCCUCUUCCCUGACUCCAGACCUGAACCGCUCCUGUGCUGUAAUAAAUCUUUGUAAAUAA